AUGUAUUGUACCUCGACUUUGCCAAGGCAUUUCGACUCUGUAGAUCACACGAUCCUCCUAGCUAAGCUUCGCUGUUAUGGUGUGACUGGCUUAGCUCUUGAUUGGUUUGCUAACUACCUUAAUGGUAGGACACAAAGAGCCGUUGUGGAUGGUGCGACUUCGAAAUCGUCUUCCGUCACUUCUGGUGUGCCUCAGGGAAGCAUUCUAGGACCCCUGUUGUUUGUAGUAUUCAUAAACGAUCUACUUGAUAUCGUAGAAGCCCGAAUCGGUACAGAUCAGUAUGCAGAUGACACCAAACUGCACAAAACCAUUACAUGUAAACGUGAUUGUGCGUCUUUACAACACUCCCUAUCCAAUCUUAAUCUCUGGACUAUGGAAAACAACCUCCGCUUCAACGUCUCUAAGUGCAACGUUUUCACCAUCGCCAGAAAGAAAAAUCCUAUCAUUCAUUACUACACUCUUGGGAGCCAAAACCUGACUCGAGUAGAGAGCGAAAAGGAUCUUGGAAUUACCACCACAUCAAAACUUUCGUGGGACAUUCACGCGAACACCAUCGUCGCGAAGGCCAACAAAAUAUUAGGCGUUCUCGGAAGAACUUGUACCAAAUUGAUGGAUAUGAAAGCCAGACGAACUUUAUAUUCAUCGUUGGUCAAGUCCCAGCUGUGUUAUGCUACAGAGGUAUUGUCGCCGGUUAACAGCGUCCAGGUUUCACGACGUUUUGAAAAAGUGCAAAGAAGAGCGACUAGGUGGAUAACAAUGACAAAGCGAGGCGAACUAUCGUACAGAGAACGGUUAUUAGCAUUAGAUCUGCUACCCUUAACCUAUGAUCAAGAAGUCAGAGACUUGGUGUACUUCUUCAAAUCAUUGUUUAGUUACAUUGACGUCAAUACCGACAACUAUGUGUCUUUU